AUGAGUGGCCGAGUUGGAGACCUGAGCCCCAAGCAGGCGGAGACCCUGGCCAAGUUCCGAGAAAAUGUGCAGGACGUGUUGCCCACCCUACCCAAUCCUGAUGACUAUUUCCUUCUGCGCUGGCUCCGAGCUCGGAAUUUCGACCUGCAGAAAUCAGAGGCCAUGCUCCGCAAGUACAUGGAGUUCCGGAAGUCCAUGGACAUUGACCACAUCCUUGAUUGGCAGCCCCCAGAGGUGAUCCAGAAGUACAUGCCCGGAGGCCUGUGUGGCUAUGACCAGGACGGCUGCCCGGUGUGGUACGACAUCAUUGGGCCACUUGACCCAAAGGGCCUGCUCUUCUCCGUCACCAAGCAGGACCUGCUUAAGACCAAGAUGAGGGACUGUGAGCGCAUCCUGCAUGAGUGUGACUUGCAGACGGAACGGCUGGGGAAGAAGAUUGAGACCAUUGUGAUGAUAUUUGACUGUGAGGGCCUGGGACUGAAACACUUCUGGAAACCUCUGGUGGAAGUGUACCAAGAGUUCUUUGGCCUCCUUGAAGAGAAUUACCCAGAGACCCUGAAGUUCAUGCUCAUUGUGAAAGCCACCAAACUGUUCCCUGUAGGCUACAACCUCAUGAAGCCCUUCCUGAGUGAAGACACUCGCAGAAAAAUUAUAGUAUUGGGAAGCAACUGGAAGGAAGGUUUGCUGAAACUCAUCAGUCCCGAGGAACUGCCUGCUCAGUUUGGGGGGACUCUGACUGACCCAGAUGGGAACCCCAAAUGUUUAACUAAGAUCAACUAUGGUGGGGAGAUCCCCAAGUCCAUGUAUGUGCGGGACCAAGUGAAGACUCAGUAUGAGCACUCAGUGCAGAUCAAUCGUGGCUCCUCACACCAGGUGGAAUAUGAAAUUCUGUUCCCAGGCUGUGUCCUCAGAUGGCAGUUCUUCUCUGAUGGUGCAGACAUUGGCUUUGGGGUUUUCCUGAAGACCAAGAUGGGGGAGCGGCAGCGAGCCGGGGAAAUGACAGAAGUACUCCCCAGCCAGCGUUACAAUGCCCACGUGGUGCCUGAGGAUGGGAGCCUCACCUGCUCAGAAGCUGGUGUCUAUGUCCUGCGAUUUGACAACACCUAUAGCUUUGUCCACGCCAAGAAGGUCAGCUUCACUGUGGAGGUGCUGCUCCCAGACGAGGGCAUGCAAAAGUAUGACAAGGAACUCACCCCUUUAUAG